UUACUCUAAAUCUCCACUUUAACUUUCGCUUUCAGAUGUGAAAGUGAAACUAAACUGGCACCAUAUUUAGAGAAAAAAAGGACUUCAAUUUGUAUCUGUUUCUCACCCACAUCUAUUAUAUCACGUCUGAAGACAUGGAUUUAAACACUGAAGUCAUAUGGAUUACUUUUAUGUUUCCUUUAUGUGAUUUUUGGAGCUUCAAAUGCCUGAUCACUAUUCACUUGCAUUGUAUGGACCUACAGAGCUGAGAUAUUCUUCUAAAAAUCUUUGUUUUCUGCUGAAAAAGAAAGUCAUACACAUCUGGCUACAUGAGGGUGAAGACUAGAGCAGGAAAAUACUGUAAAGAUGAGUGGAGAGUUGAGACAGGAGGUGGUGACGACCCCUCCUCCUCCCAGUGUGGGGCAAAAAGAGCGCUACUUUGACCGUAUCAAUGAAAAUGACCCCGAAUACCUGCGUGCACGCAACAUGUCACCUGACCUGCGACAAGACUUCAACAUGAUGGAACAGAAGAAAAGAGUCACACAGAUGCUACAAAGUCCAGCAUUUAAGGAUGAGCUGGAGGGUCUGAUCCAGGAACAGAUGAACAAGGGGAAUAACCCCACAGGACUGCUUGCUCUGCGGCAGAUUGCAGACUUCAUGUCCGUGGCUGGAUUCUCCACCUCCCCCCUCAGUUUGGGAAUGGUGACACCAAUAAAUGACAUCUUCAGUGUGGAGUCCACUACUAUGGUGAAGGGAGAGAAACAGACCCGCUGUAAACUGGCCAGCCUGUACAGACUAGUGGACCUGUUCAGUUGGGCCCACUUUGCAAGCUGUUACAUUACAGUUCGUGUCAGUAAGGAGCAGGAUCAUAUCCUCAUCAUCCCCAGAGGACUGUCCUUCGCUGAGGCCUCCUCGUCAAAUCUGGUGAAAGUGAAUAUUAUCGGUGAUGUCGUCGAUCAGGGUUCCACCAACCUGCAGAUCGACCCAGCUGGCUUCAGCCCUCACGCUGCCAUCUACUCUAUGAGACCUGACGUGCGCUGCAUUGUUCACAUACACACACCGGUUACUGCUGCUGUGUCAUCAAUGAAGUGUGGUCUUUUGCCCAUCUGUCAAGAGGCUCUCAUUUUGGGUGACAUCGCUUACUACAAUUACCAAGGCAGCCUGGACGAGCAAGAUGAGCGCAUAGAGCUCCAGAAAGCUCUUGGACCAUCAGCAAAGGUGUUGGUUUUAAGGAAUCAUGGGAUUGUCGCUCUCGGGGAGACCAUUGAAGAGGCCUUUCACUACAUUUACAAUGCUCAGUUUGCCUGUGAGAUUCAGGUGAAAGCGUUCUCAUGUGCAGGGGGAGUAGAGAACCUGAUCGUGUUGGAUCUGGAGCAGUAUAAAUCCCGGACGCAGGUGGUAGCAGAAGCCGGAAUCAACAUGGGCUCUCAGCACAAGUGGAGACUGGGAGAGCUGGAGUUUGAGUCGUUCAUGAGAAUGCUGGACAACCUGGGUUACAGGACAGGCUACACAUACCGGCACCCCAUCGUGCGGGAGAAGCCACGCCACAAGAGCGACGUGGAGAUUCCAGCGACAGUAACUGCAUUUAUGUUUGAUGAUGAUGACACUCCACGCUCCCCUUUAAAGUUUCAACAACAGAGACAGCAGAGAGAGAAAACACGCUGGCUCAAUUCACCCAACUGCUACAUGAAGGUUAACGUAUCAGAAGGAGCUAGCGAGGAGAAUGGACGCAUCAAGACCACGUGGAUGAAGUCAGAUGAAGGGAGUAACGCCAGCGGGACUCCAAUUUGCAUUGAAGAUCCCAACCAGUUUGUCCCUCUGAACACAAACCCCAAUGAAGUCCUGCAGAAGAGAAAUAAGAUCCGUGAGCAGAACCGGUUUGAUAUGAUGACAGCAGGCCCACAGUCACAACGGCUGGCUGGAAUCGUGGUGGAAAGGCCGCUGCCAUACAUGGGUGAUGAUGAGGAGCAGACAGGCUCUCUCCCUCCAAACCCCUUCAGCGAGCUUAGCGUGAUGGAGGAAUACCAAAAACGAGUAGAACAGCAGCGUAUUGGCCUAGACGAUGACGAUCUUGAGCAGCUCACAUCAGACGAUGCUUCCACACUGUCUCAGUCUGUGUCCCAAACUCAGUCUCCACAAAACACUCCAGCUAAAGAAGAUAAUCACACCGGUGUGCUGCUGAAUGGUAAAGACGACCACGAGGAUGAGCUUAUCAAGCGUGUGAGUCAGCUGACCACCAGCGUGGAAAGUGUGGAGAUCAACGUGCGCUCUGGGGAGAAGAUCGAAGAGGCCCUGACGCCUGAGAGCUCACCCUCCAAAUCUCCCAACAAGAAGAAAAAGAAGUUCCGUACCCCGUCUUUCUUGAAGAAAAACAAAAAGAAAGAGAAAGUUGAAGUCUAGAGAGAAAAAUAAGUCAUGCCCAUCAUGUCUGUCUGGCGCUUAAUGUUUUAAGUUGUCGUUUUGAAUUUUAAUUGGAUUGUUAAAAAAAAAAAAACAUGGCACGUUUUUGGGGGGAGUCAGUUGUGGGAGUGAAUAGAUGGGAGUAACGCCCAUGUUUAACAUGUGCCAUGGUUGAAUGGUAUGAAAAUGGGAGCCAUUUCAUAAUUAUUUUUUUUUACAUUUUAUUGAAAGCGCAAUGAAUGAAACUCCUAGUAAACUGGCUCCUCACCUUAUGGAAAGACUGAAAACAGAUGUAUUCCUAAUGAUUUUAAUCUCAUUGAUGAGCCCGUACUGCAUUUAGUAUUUUUAUGCUGAAUGUUUUUCAGUUGAACAUACAGACCCUUUUAUGAGCCCCUUUACUUGCUGCCACAUCUCAUGUUGUCAGUUUUGCUUGCGUUGUAUUUCGCGCUGUAGGUGGAUUGUAGGUGUAAUUGGUUACACUACACAGGAGACGCUUAAAAAUCACACUGGAAACUGUUCUGGGAUUAUUUUAACAGGGUUUGUUUUUAUUUUAUAUUGUUUGUAUUUGUUGAAGAAAUGGGUCUGAAAUUAGCACGAGAUCAGCAGCCGUGAGCUGCAUGUGUGAUAAUCCUGUGUAGAGCCACUCCAAUAUCUUCGCUGUGCUGGUCUUUGCCAAACAAAAAGAUGUAAAAAAAAAAAAAAAAGCAAAGCAAUCACGUUUUAGUGAACUGUAAUCUUGUCCGUCUUUUCUCGCAUUUUGAUUUUGCAGAUUCAUCUCUUUUAUAUUAAAUCUUUUUUUUUUUUUCUUUUUUUUUUAUUGAAACAAUUUAGUUUUUAUUCACUCAGUUUUGUACUCGUUUCUAUACUUUAACAAACGACAAAAUGAAAUUUUGAUGCAUGUUUUGAUAGAGUAUGAACUUAUAUGGCUGAAUAUGUAGAGGUGCCUGAAUUCUUCAAUCGUGUAAUAACAGAUUACUAAACACAUGUAACAAAAAAAUAUAUAUAUGAAAACUGGAGUGAUGUUAAUUAUAUAUAAAUAUAUCAUAUUUUUGUGCUGCACUUUUUAAUGUGGUAUAUACAACAGAACAAGUCUGUGGAUGAUUUCAGUAGUUGGAGAUUUGGAGAGAAGAAACGAUAGAAGCGAAACAAAAACAUGAGUGAGAAAUGUUUUGGCACAUUCAAAAAGGGUGGAGAAGGGAAACUCAACAUAUAUAGGAAAUAUAUAUAGAUAUAUAUAUAUAUAUUUGUAAACUGUAUUUUUUUUUUUAAAUAGUUUGGGUCCCAAAGAAAUGCAAAGUACAGGUCUAAUGACCCCUGGGCGUUUGGUGAAAAUCUAGUCAAUGCAAAUCAUCUCACAACGUUUAAACUACUUCAUGGAGGUUUAUUCUGGGCCUUUAUUACCAUUGUAUUUCACUCAUGUAAAUUUAUGUUGGUCAUAAAUCACCCCAUCACCAUAUAACAGGCUAACAAAGGACUUCGUUCAAACCAAAAGGAUAAUUAUGUCAUUAUUUACUCUUAUGUGGUUACAAACCAGUAUACUGUUGUUUUCUCCUUCAAAAAACACCAAAAGUAGUCCAUAUGUCUUGUGCUCUGUAUUCUAAGUCUUCUGAAGUAAUACGAAAGCAUUCUGUGUAGAACAGAUGGAAAUAGGUCACAAUCAAAACAAAUUACUUGGUUUGAAUAAAGUGCACAAAUCAUAUCAUCUACUUUUAUAGUGCACGGCCAUCUGAGACAGUCAACAUACAGUUUUAUAAUUUGGGCAUAGCGCUCCCCUGUGUUCUGAAGAGAAAAUGACAUGGUUUGGAACAAUAUGAGGGUGCGUAAAUAAUGACUGGAUUUUAAUAUUUGUUGGAAAUUCCUUUUCAGGAUAAGUCUCUGUGUCAGAGUUGAUAUUAAUUACCUGAAAAAAUGGCAUUCUGGAGUUAUUUUCUCUCAAACUGGAUCUCUGUCAGAUGUAAGCUGAUUGUCAUGCGGUCAGGAGUUGCUUGUUUUGCUGUUUUGAAGUGCCCUACCCCAAGAGACUGCGCUGCGGACAGAACUAAAUCGAAUUUGCCACCAAAAGCUAAUCUUUUAUGGUUUAAAGAUUAGCAGGGAGUAGUUUGACCUCAGUUUGAACUCCAUCAGGCCCCGAUGUGGUCGCAUAGAUCCCUGAGAGGGAGACAGGACCACAGAGAGUGAUAUAUCCCAGUGGGCAAUGUGAAGUACUGGCUUGGGCAUGAAGAGAGAGACAUUUCUAAGCUGUGUAUAUAGCAAGUGGGUUUGAAUGCGGGCCAGACAUGGAUUAAACCCAUUUAAAGCUGGACCAGGCAGAGAGAACGGGUGCAGGCGAAGAGAUUAACUUGUUUUAUUACUAUUAAUUUUAUUGCCAUUUGACUUUUUCUGGUUUCGGCUCUUUCCAUUUUCCAUGUGCACUGCAGUUUUGCUUUCAGGAAGUUUGUUUUGACAGCUUUUGAAUUACCAUACAAGCGUUAAACUGCUUUCAGCCCAAGGAAUGUGCAUUUACAUUAUUGUUUUCCUCUUGCUUAUUUUUUUAUUACAUUUUUAUCCUUUUUACCUUCUGACUAUUUUUGCACCUUGUUUUACUAAUGCCUCUAUUGCUUUGGCAUGCAAGUUUGAGCCAAACCUCUUUGUGACCUGUGAAAUCAUAUAUAAGUGUUAUCUAACAGACUUGCUUUUAGUUGUAUUGCUAAUCAGUGUAAAUUCACAAACAAAUAAACUAUUUUAAGAAGCAAACGCUGCGCUCAAAGUCUGUGGGGAUGAAGGAACGCUGCAUUUCACUCCAUAUUAUUUAACAUUUCUGCAUCCGUUCACAGUAUGUUAAAAGUCAUUCAUUGCAUUUCUCAGUUCUCUCAUACACAUUCAUUUUAGAACAUGAAAGGGUUUUUGCAGGAUUUUCACACUGCUUUUUUUUUUCCAUACAUUAAAAGUAUACAGUGGUCAAGGGCUGUAAAGCUCCAGAAUUCAAUAUCCAAAUUUCAUGACUUGUGCACUAUAUUUUAAUUAUUUCUUUAAUAUACUGUACACAAUACAGGCAAGUAAUAUUCUUAAAUAAGGAACUUUUUUUCAAAGAUGUGUAAUCAAAGUUUCACUAUUCUAUUCUCUCUUUUUUUUUUUUUUUUUUUUAAGUUCUGGGACCUCUGACAGCAAAAACAAUUUCCUAAAAAUCUUGUGUUUGUACACAACCACAUACUUAUGCAAAAAUAAACAUGUUUAUUUGCACCUUGCAUUUAUGUAUGUGCUGGUAAUAGAAGCACUAAAAUAUUUAAUUUAACAAAAGUACCUUCAUGUGUCUCUUAGCACAUUAAUAUAUGCACCCAAACUACCAAAGACCAACCCUGCUAGAAGCUAUAGUGAAUUAUCUCUAUGGCAAAAACAUUUUUACUUAUCGAACCGUACAUACUUAAAAUUCUUAAAUUGUUUAAAAAGAAAAAUCAGAUAAUCAGAGGAAAAAUAUGCAUUGGUUUCCUUCUGCACAAGGAACAGACUUGGCUUGAGAAGGCGCUUCACUAUUGUGUUUGUGCCCAUGUGCAAUUCUGCAUUUUUCCCACGAAUGCAAUACCUGAAAUAUGCAACAAAUGUGUUUGGACACUGGCUUGAUUCACAUGGCUGUAUGCAUUAGUUAUACAGUGUGUGUGAGAGUGAGUGUUCAUCUAGAGGCAAUAUUCAUGAAGGGUCACUAAGGCUGAUUUCCAGUCACAUUUUCUGUUGUAGCACUCAAAGACUGGUCAGUUAAGUCAGGAAAGACAGAUUCAAGAUCGGAGAUGUUAAGGCUAAGUUGCUUUCGAUAUCCCUCUAUGCACAUCUAAUUUGAUUCUCCGUUCACACUCAUUUACUUUAUAGUUCAUGUUUAGAGCUACAGAAUGAUGUUGGACUGAGGACAGAUCUGGGAUCAGCCCCUUCAUAGUAAAAGACUAAAAACAAAAGGGUGAAAUUGUUUUCAGAUUAUCAUGGUGACCCAAAUAUUAUCAACAUAAUGUGAUUUAUUUUGACCGUUCAGAUGAAUGUUUUGAAUGUUUUUGGUUGUUUACGAAGUAUAUAAAUUAAAUGGAAAUGAAUCUGAGGCUUUGUGGCUCAUUAC